CCUAAAGCAUCUUGCUAAACAAAGAUUUAAAGCAUGGCUGACCCGUUCCUGAUUGAUGAUAUACUUAAUGAAUUUGAUCCAACCCUUGUUAACAAAAAGAAUGCACCAAAAAGGAGUCUUUCAGAGGAGCUAGUGACUGCCAUGUUAAACGAAAGGAUGGCUCCAGAGCUACUUCCCUACAAACACACCCUCAUGGACCUAGUUUUACAGCAAAUAUCCAGCCAGCAACAAUAUCUACUUGACUCUCAUGAAUAUGGAGACUCUAAUGGUGAUACUGGUAUGCUUAGUGCUGACUUCAAACUACAGUUAAUGAUUAUUGAAACCGAUAUUGAACGGUUAUCUUACUUGGUUCGUCUAUACCUAAGAAUCAGGUUGAUGAAGAUCGAUGAUUUCACUAUAUUCUACAUAAACGAGACUGCCGAAGAGUCUCAAAUGCCGUCAAAUGAAACAUUACUAUCUACUGAAGAGAAGGAUUAUAUGCAAAAACACUUCAAAAUAUUGACUCAGCUCUAUAAUAAUAGUUUUUUGAAGAAACUUCCUGAUUACUUGACUUUAUUGGAUGAUGAAUCGGCAGGAAUCUCUAUGAUAACGAAACCGGACUUGAAUGUUCCUGUUUUCAUAAGAGUUAAAAGUACCAAGCCGAUAUAUAUACCCUUGGGAGAUGAUGAGGAGUUGGAAUUGAUAGAAAAUGGUAUUUAUGUUGUCAAGUACAAAUUAAUAAAGAAAUAUUUAGAAUUGGGAGAUGUGGAGUUAAUAUAAA